GAACGACUCUUAAAAACAUCCAUUUUCAAAACCUCCAACUUUUUCCAAAAAUUUCCAUUUUCAAAAUCUCAAAUCUGCCACUUGUUUUUAUCUCACUGCCGUUUCGUGGUACGCUGAGAACGACUCUUAAAAACAUCCAUUUGCAAAACCUCAACUUUUUCCUAAAAUUUCCAUUUUCAAAAUCUCAAAUCAAGUUAGGCCUCAUAUUUUAGUCAUUUCACAUACGUCAUUCUUACUCGGUCCCCUUAAAAAACACAGUCUGAACCGAUUCGACACUAAAGAAUACAUAUAAUUCCUGAGAAACAGAAUGGGGUUACCCGUUUUUAAAGAUUGCUGCUGCCUUGAGCUGAAAUGGGGAGCUCUAAUAGUCGCUAUCAUCGACCUUAUAUUUGCUGGGGCCGCCGGCGGUGGUGGUGGUUCUUUGUCUGGGACUGCCAGCAUUUUAUGGAUGGUAUGCCUCGUUAUUCACGUCGCGCAUAUCGUAGCAUGCAUUUUGGUCAUAGUUUCAGUUUUCAAGCCGAAUAAAAACUUCGUUGUUCUUUACCUUAUAACCGGUCUCCUGAGGAUAAUAAUCGACAUAGUAUUUCUAAUAUAUUUAUGUGUGGCAUAUAAGUUCUCAUCAAUUUUGGUUACCGCCAUCAUCCUAAUAAUUUCAAUCGUUAUCGGAUGCUAUUUUUGGUUGGUUAUUUACUCAUGGUACCGAAAACUUGGAGGUUCAACCCCGGCCGAUUAAAAAUUCUGUUUCUCAGAAUUUAACAAUUACACAUUUAGAAUGUACAAUUUGGAAUGUAAAUUUAAUUCAUGAUAUUACAACUUGGAGGAUCAUCCAUGAUAAAUUUUCAA